AUGUCCAAACAAGAGCAGAUUAUCGAAAGGAAAAAGAUGGAGAUUCAAGCUAAGGUUGAGGCACAAAAGCAAGCGGCUGCACUCGCUGCACAAGCAAAAUUAUCAAACUCCAACACAGUUGACACAUCAUCGGGAAAUAUUUUUUCAAACGAUGGAUCAUUUAUGAGUCAAUAUAAAGCUUUACUUGAAAAGCAGAAACAUGAUAAAGAGAGAAAAGAACAGAGGGAGAAAUUGGAAGAAGAGAAAAACCUUAAAAAAAAUGAGCUGAAGAAAGAAUAUUCCGAGUUGCAAGAUAAAAGUGAAAUUAAAGCUAGUAUUAAUGAACAGUUCUCUCAAGAUGUAGAUGAAAGGAAUACCCUUGAUAGAUCCACAAGAGACCUUCAUCACAGGUGGAGUGAUAGAGGAAGUAAUCGCCCCCAUAGCCCUACCACACCAAUCCUUGAUGAACAGAAUAAAGUUCCAGAAAAAUCAAAUAUUCCCUCACUCAUGCAAAUUCCUGUUAUUGCACCAGAAAGUUGUGUACCAAAUUCACAAAGCCACAACCCAUGGACCCAUGGAGAAUCAGAUACUGAAUCUGAAACUAAUAGUGAGGAUAAAAAACAUAUGGGAAUUUGUCAACCUGGUUCUGGAACUAUAGGAUCUGGUCAGAUUGGUGUUAAUUCUUUGAAUUCACCUCAAUUUACUACAGGACCUGGACCUGUAACAACAAGCCAUGGACCAAUGUCAACUGUUCCAAUGAGACCUGGUCACAUGGGAUCUGUUCCAAUGGGUCCUGGUGCAAUGGGACCAGGCCCAAUGGGACCAGGCCCAAUGGGGACAGGACCAAUGGGACCAGGCCCAAUGGGACCAGGCCCAAUGGGACCAGGGCCAAUGGGACCAGGCCCGAUGGGACCAGGCCCGAUGGGACAAGGUCCUAUGGGACCAGGCCCAAUGGGACCACUGCCAAUGGGAUCAGGCCCAAUGGGACCCCAUACAAUGGGCCCAAACAUGGAUGCCAUGGGUCCAGUGGGUACUAAUGGAAUGGGACCUAAUCAAAUGGGUCCAAAUGGACCAUUGAAUAUGUGCCAAAAUAUGCCCCCAGGACCAAAUGGAGGACCAAGACAAAAUAUUCCAAAUAUGGGACCCAUCAUGCCAACCGGUGGACCAAAUAUGCCUCCAAUGCCCCCCUUCCUUGGCGGUCCUAAUUUUCCGAUGCCGCCUAAUUUUAUGGGCCCAAAUGGCCCCCGAGGUCCUUGUGGUCCCGGUUCUAUGCCGCUUAAUAUGUGUGGUCCCAACAUGCGCGGCCCUGGACCGAAUGGUCCCAUGCCUCCAUUUUUCGGGCCUCCCUUUGCGAAUCCAAGAAUGAUGGGUCCUAACGGCCCACCAAACUCAAUGAUGCCACCUAAUUCUAUGAAUAAUAUUCCCUUCAUGGGUUCUCCUCCGUUUGGCCCCAACAGUCCUAACUUCGGACCUAACGGUCCUUUCAGACACGGGCCUCCUAAUAUGCCCUUUAUGUCUGCCAAUCAAUUACCACCCAAUUCCAUGCACAACAUUCCGGAAUCAAAAUCGAUGGACACGGUCAAUAUCCCACCUCCAGAAUCCACAAACCCACCAAACAUACCGCCACCAUUACCAUUGAACCAUAUGCCGAAACCGAAAGAUUUGGAUCCCGCAAAUAUGCCAGCAGCACCGAACACUGCUCAAGUUCUCUCUGCAGAUAUGUUCCCGCCGCCAGUUCAGCGCGCCGCCGCCGAAGUCGCCAGCAACGGUGACCACUGGGAAAAUAUCCUGAAAGCCAUACACUCACAAGACCAAAAUUUGUGGUUCCUACAUAAUACCAAUUCUAAUGAAUAUAAGGCGUUUCGUGAGUUGGUGACGAAAUUGCGAAAUGAGACAGCCGGCGAUAACAAGCCCGAGGUGAAGCCUGAAGAUAAAUAUGAGCCAGAAUUUUGUUUAGAGGAUGAUGACAGUUAUGAUGAAAACCGGCCCAUUAAGCAGGAAAUGAGUGACGGCACACCAUACAAUAGUGAGGUAAAACGUGAGGAUGAUGACUCACAAGGGAACAAGGACUCGGAAAGUCGAAGGAGGGAGCGUAAGAGGAAAUCCAGAUGGGGCAAUGACCCCCCCGCUGACGUAAAGCCCCCUGGUUUAGUUGCUCCAUUGCCCCCUCCAGGCACAAAAUUGGCCAAAAUUGAUGAGGAUGGUAUUAAAUUGACAAAUGUUAACCGAAACAACCCAGCUCUAAUGCAGUAUGCCAUGACUAAUUAUGGUACCACCAACCUGAGUGUUGAGGAUUGGAAGAAGUGUGAGGACAACUUUAAACUGAACCUGUUGUAUCAAGACAUGUUAAAAAAAAGGCAAGAAGUAGACCGGUUAGCACAGGCAGGCAAACACAAGUAUGAAUAUGACAGUGAUGAAGACACAUCUGAAGGCACUUGGGAGCACAGAUUACGUGCGAAAGAAAUGUGCGCGACAGAGAAGUGGGCUGAUGAGCUCACAAAGCAAGCAGCUGGGAAGCAUCAUAUCGGAGACUUUUUGCCACCUGAAGAACUUAAGAAAUUUAUGGAGAAAUACUCGGCCGUUAAGAGUGGGAAGGAACCAGAUUUAAGUGAUUACAAAGAAUUUAAGUUGAAAGAAGACAAUGUUGGUUUUAAAAUGCUGCAGAAACUGGGCUGGAACGAGGGACAGGGGCUUGGUGCAGAGGGAUCGGGUAUUGUAGAACCAAUCAAUAAAGCGAACCAGCCUGUUGCCAAUCUGGGCCUGGGAGCGUCCAAUUCCGACACGGUGUCACAGGAGGACGACGAGUUUGACGCGUACAGGAAGCGCAUGAUGCUUGCUUACCGCUUUAGGCCGAACCCACUUAACAAUCCAAGGCGACCGUACUAU